GGGCCAACGGUCCCAUAAGUGAGAGGGUGUGUUUUUAGAAAAAACACCCAGAGCAACACAAAAGCAGCCAAGAUCCAAGCAAAGCUUCAAAAGAUUCCACAGCCCCAGCCCCAAUACUCGACUGUCACUUUCAUUAGACGAGACGACGUUGACUAACUAACUAUUGCCACCAUGAUUCGUCUCGCUCCGUUGUUUCUUGUCGUCCUGGCAGCUUCCUCACCGGCGUACGGAGCAGUUAGCUUUGUGACUCCCGGCAAUCCGGAAAGUGCCGUGGCGACAUCAUCCGCCUACUAUGUGGGUCAAAUGAACCGCGAUGGAGCUGCCAUUCUCAAGUAUGAUUUGGAGGGAAACCGCGAUAUGAGUUUUACAGCGCCCAACUUUACCAACAUUCGUGGACUUGCCAUGAAUGGUGCCGGCGACACAAUCUGGGCCGCUCAUGAUGGCGCUGUGGCCGAGCUGGAGUUUGUGGAUCAAGCUCAAAGCAGCCUCCGUCUAAAGCAACUGUACAACACGAGCGACUACAUUGCGGCACCCAAUGGUUUGUGCUUGUCGGACGACGAAUCCACCAUGUUUGUGACGGAUCCACUGGCCAAUGCCUUGCUGCAAAUUGACUUUGGAGAUAACAAUCCAACCAUGACGUUGGUGUUCCGGCGACAAGGUCUGUCUCCCAACGGAUGUGUGGUACAAGGCAACACAGUUUGGAUGGUACACCGUACAGUAGCUGGUAUCACCAAGUACGACAUCUCCAAGUCCGAGGUGGGAAACACAGAACCCUUCUCCCUAGAUACUAUUGUUGCAUUGACAAGCACUGCACAAGGUCCACCUAGUUUUGGAGAUGGCAUUGUCUUUUGGAAUGGCAAAUUAUACGUGUCGGUGUGGGAAUUUUCCGCGGCGCCCCCGUGGAAUGGGACGGUCUUUGAGUGUGAUAGUACCAGUACGUGUGAACCAUUUUCGGUGGGAUCGGUGGCCGCCGAUAUGCAACUCGAUUUGAAAACACCGGAUCAACCGGCUUUGAUUCUUCCCAAUUUAUUUGGCCAGCAAGUGGCCACCUUGUCAUUGCCUCCCGCAGCAGCUACCGAAGCGCCUGCCACUGCAGCUACCGAAGCUCCUGCGAGUGCUGCCAUAAGUCCAGCUCCAUUAUUCGUAUCCUCUGCGGUUCUUCUAGCGGGACUUGCCGCAUUCAUUUUGCACUAACUAAUUGCUUGGCUGGUGGCUCUUUCUUAGUUAGUUCUAUGCUGUACCUACGGAACCUGAAUUUCCGCUUUUCUUUACUUUUAAAAUUAAAAAAUGAAGAGCCUGGCCCUCGUGGCUUCCGUAGAUAAUCUGCCUGCGCUGUACAUGUACAUGUACUCUAAAAAACAACGUUUGUGCAAUGGGCCAG